AUGUUGAAAGGUACACUACAGUAUGGCUUCAGUCAUGUUGUCACUUGAGACACAUUUCAAGGUGUAUUCCAUUCUAAAGCGUCAAACUAAAAGACAUGUUCAUGUGUGAAUGGUAGUGAGAUGUUAUGGCCAAAUCUUGCAAUUCGCAUGUACACAUUUCUUGUCAUGGUAUGUUCUCUUUUUUUGUUCUCUCAUUAUACCCACUUGGAACAUAGAAUGAUGUCUAACACAAGCCUGGUCACUCUGGUCUUUUCUUCAUGCCAGAAUUGAUUGAGGUAGUGAAAACUAUGAUGCCACCAAGAAGAAAUGGCUACAUGCAGAGCUGGAGCUGAAGAGGCACAAGGAGCUGCUGGUGAAGUCAGACAUAGCCCAGGUUGCCCUGGAGGUCAAACUGAAACAAUGUCGCAACCAAGGUCAUUGUGGAUAUUAAGAAGCGCUAUAAGGCAGAAGCAGACUUUCAGUACUUGGUAUGGCUCCCUUUAUCUUUGUUAUGCUGUCCUAUUGGGGCUCAUGAUUUAGACUGUUAGAGGUCAAUAAUGACUGCCACAUUAUCAUGGUGUCCAAUGGUCAUGACAUCUUAUUAGCACCAUCAUCUCAAACUUCCCAACAUGCUUCUCAUAAACUGAAGCCAGUGACACAGUUUGUUGAUCAGUAAAUGCAUGGUUUAUUUGGUUACUGAUGUACUUUCUGCAGUCUGUAAGAGGAUGGGACAAACUUUUACUUUAAAUGUGUCAUAUAUAGUGCAUUCGGAAGGUAUUCAGACCCUUUGACAUUUUCCACAUAUUGUUACAGCCUUAUUCUAAAAUUGAUUCAAUUGUUUUUUUUCCCUCAUCAAUCUACACACAAUACCCCAUAAUGACAAAGCAAAAACAGAUUUGUAGAAAUUUUAGCAAAUUUUUUAAAUAUAAAAAACGGAAAUAUCACAUUUACAUAAGUAUUCAGACCCUUUACUCAGUACUUUGUUGAAGCACCUUUGGCAGGGAUUACAGCCUUGAGUCUUCUUGGGUAUGACGCUACAAGCUUGGCACAAAUGUAUUUGGGGAGUUUCUCUCAUUCUUCUCUGCAGAUUCUCUCAAGAUCUGUCAGGUUGGAUGGGGAGCGUCGCUGCACAGCUACUUUCAGGUCUCUCCAGAGAUGCUAGAUCGGGUUCAAGUCCGGCUCUGGCGGGGCCACUCAAGGAAAUUCAGAGGCUUGUCCCGAAGCCACUCCUGCGUUGUAUUGGCUGUGUGCUUAGGGUCGUUGUCCUGUUGGAAGGUGAAUCUUCUCCCCAGUCUGAGGUCCUGAGCACUCUGGAGCAGGUUUUCAUCAAGGAUCUCUCUGUACUUUGCUCCGUUCACCUUUCCCUCGAUCCUGACUAGUCUCCCAGCCCCUGCCGCUGAAAAACAUCCCCACAGCAUGAUGCUGCCACCACCAUGCUUCACUGUAGGGAUGGUGCCACGUUUCCUCCAGACGUAACACUUGGCAUUCAGGCCAAAGAGUUAAAUCUUGGUUUCAUCAGACCAGAGAAUCUUGUUUCUCAUGGUCUGAGAGUCCUUUAGGUGCCUUUUGGCAAACUCCAUGCGGGCUGUCAUGUGGCUUUUACUGAGGAGUGGCUUCCAUUUGGCCACUCUACCAUAAAGGCCUGAUUGGUGGAGUGCUGCAGAGAUGGUUGUCCUUCUGGAAGGUUCUCCCAUCUCCACAGAGGAACUCUGGAGCUCUGUCAGAGUGACCAUCGGGUUCUUGGUCACCAAGGCCCUUCUCCCCCGAUUGUCCAGUUUUGCCGGGCGGCCAGCUCUAGGAAGAGUCUUGGUGGUUCCAAACUUCUUCCAUUUAAGAAUGAUGGAGGCCACUGUGUUCUUGGGGACCUUCAAUGGUGCAGACAUUUUUUGGUACCCUUCCCCAGAUCUGUGCCUCAACACAAUCCUGUCUCGGAGCUCUACAGACAAUUCCUUCGACCUCAUGGCUUGGUUUUUGUUCUGACAUGGACUGUCAACUGUGGGACCAUAUAUAGACAGGUGUGUGCCUUUCCAAAUAAUCUCCAAUCAAUUGAAUUUGCCACAGGUGGACUCCAAUCAAGUUGUAGAAACAUCUCAAGGAUGAUCAAUGGAAACAGGAUGCACCAAGCUCAAUUUCGAGUCUCAUAGCAAAGGGUCUGAAUACUUAUAUAAAUAAGGUAUUUAAAUAAGGUCUCACUCUGAUAUUAGUUAUGAUAGAUCUGAUGAUGACACUUUUUUAUUUACAACUGAAAAUCCACAUUUAAAGCAAAAUUAAAUUAUUCUAUAUGUACCCUAUAUGACACUGUAAAAUCUGGAUGUGGCUUGUGUAUGGUCUGUGUAUCACUCUUUCAAAUAGUGUUUCAAUGUGUACAGGACCUGGAUGUAACAGUGGUAAACCACUUAAGUCAAGGACAAGAGAAAAAAGGGUAAGUGUGGACCAGAGUCUAGUGGGAGGAGCUAUAGAAGCUCAUUGUAAUGGCUGGAGUGGAAUUAAAGGAACGGAGUCAAUUGUGGUUUCCAUAUGUUUGAUGUAUUUUGUUACCAAUCCUUCCUCCCACCAGAAGAUCACCUUGGUGGAAGACCAGUGGAAAGGGUAAGCAGAGGCAUAAUGUGGAUUGGACCCAUACUUUUCAUAAAAACAAGGCUGCAACAUGGAGGUCUAUGGAUUGGCUAACUUUAAUAAUUAUUUAAAAAACUCACUGGGGUUUCAGUUUCAACCACAUAAAACCGAUUUAUCUGAAUUAUUUGUUUCAAAAUUGAUGCUUCUGGUUUUACACUAAAUCUUUUACUAAUAAGUAUUUGGCUUCUCAAUGCAGUAGCAGUCCAAUUUUCUGAAUGUUAUUUGAACCAGCUGGAGUGGAACUAAUGCCUUUUCACCAGGGAGACAGUUACUUGGUUCAGCCAGUCUAUCUUAAGCCCUUGGCACAAAAAUAUGAAUUUAUUUUUAGUUAAAACGUAUAGAUUAAUUUUAUCAGCCGGUCAUUAGAGCUUAUGUGUCUUUGAAAAUAAAUCAUCGGACAAUGUGUGGGAUAGAAAGAACCUUACUGGAUAAUCACUUAACAGAGAACCCAUGAUUUUUUUAGUGUACAGUUAACAAAACGUUAACGUCUGAUGUGGUCCUGGCCAUUGUGUCCGUGUAGUUGGGCCUAGUGUGUUGUCACUUCCUAUUAGCUGGCGUAUUCAUCAGGCCCUCUGCUCAGCGUCAUCCUCUCAGUGCACAGAGCAGCACACCCGUCUCCUCAGGUGGAAACAGCAUGGGACCAUACACAUUGGCUGCGUCCCAAAUGGCACGCUAUUCCCUAUAUAGUUCACUACACUAUAUAUACAAAAGUUUGUGGACACCCCUUUAAAUGAGUGGAUCCAGUAUGAUAAAUGUAUGCACUCACUAACUGUAAGUCGCUCUGGAAAAGAGCGUCUGCUUAAUGACUAAAAUGUAAAAAAAAAAAAAAAAAAAAGUUAUUUAAGCCACACCUGUUGCUGACAGGUGUAUAAAAUCAAACACACAGCCAUGCAAUCUCCAUACACAAACAUUGGCAAUAGAAUGGCCUUACUGAAGAGCUCAGUGACUUUCAACGUGGUACCGUCAUAGGAUGCCACCUUUCCAACAAGUCAGUUUGUCAAAUUUCUUCCAUGCUAGAGCUACCCCGGUCAACUGUAAGUGCUGUUAUUGUGAAGUGGAAACGUCUAGGAGCAACAACGGCGCAGCCGUGAAGUGGUAGGCCACACAAGCUCACAGAAUGGGACCGUUGAGUGCUGAAAUACGUUGCGCGUAAAAAUCGUCUGUCCUCGAUUGCAACACUCACUACCAAGUUCCAAACUGCCUCUGGAAGCAACGUCAGCACAAUAACUGUUUGUCAGGAGCUUCAUGGAAUGGGUUUCCAUGGCCGAGCAGCCGCACACAAGCCUAAGAUCACCAUGCGCAAUGCCAAGCGUCGGCUGGAGUGGUGUAAAGCUCACCGCCAUUGGACUCUGGAGCAGUGGAAAUGCGUUCUCUGGAGUGAUGAAUCGCGCUUCACCAUCUGGCAGUCUGACGGACUGUGCCAGGAGAAUGCUACCUGCCCGAAUGCAUAGUGCCAACUAUACAUUUUGGUGGAGGAGGAAUAAUGGUCUGUGGCUGUUUUUCAUGAUUCGGGCUAGGCCCCUUAGUUCCAGUGAAGAGAAAUCUUAACACUACAGCAUACAAUGACAUUCUAGACGAUUCUUUGCUUCCAACUUUGUGGCAACAGUUUUGGGAAGGCCCUUUCCUGUUUCAGCAUGACAAUUCCCUGUGCACAAAGCGAGGUCCAUACAGAAAUGGUUUGUUGAGAUCGGUGUGGAAGAACUUGACUGGCUGCACAGAGCCCUGAUCUCAACCCCAUCGAACACCUUUGGGAUGAAUUGUAAUACUGACUGCGAGCCAGGCCUAAUCGCCCAACAUCAGUGCCCAACCUCACUCAUGCUCUUGUGGCUGAAUGGAAGCAAGUCCCCGCAGCAAUGUUCCAACAUCUAGUGGAAAGCCUUCCCAGAAGAGUGGAGGCUGUUAUAGCAGCAAAGGGGGGACCAACUCCAUAUUAAUGCCCAUGAUUUUGGAAUGAGAUGUUCGACGAGCAGGUGUCCACAUACUUUUGGUCAUGUAGUGUGUAUACAUUGAGUGUACAAAACAUUAAGGACGCCUGCUCUUUUCAUGACAUAGACUGACUAGGUGAAUACAGGUGAAAGCUAUGAUCCCUUAUUGAUGUCACUUUUUAAAUCCACUUCAAUUAGUGUAGAUGAAGGGGAGGAGACAGGUUAAAGAAGGAUUUUUAAGCCUUGAGACAAUUGAGACAUGGAUUGUGUAUUUGUGCCAUUCAGUGGCACAAAUACACUCAGUGUAGAGGUGGCAGGUAGCCUAGCGAUUAGAGCUAUGGGCCAGUAACCGAAAGGUUGCUGGUUCGAAUACCUGAGCCGUCGAGGUGAAAAAUCUGUCAGUGCCUUUGAGCAAGGCACUUACCCCUAAUUUGCUCCAGAGGUGCCUUACUACUAAGGCUGACCCUGUAAAACAACACAUUUCACUGCACCUAUCCAGUGUAUGUGACAAUAAAACAUGGUUUUUUAAACUACUUUUGGUACAGGAAGGAAUAUGGUGUUAUUUGGGACGCAGACCAUUCUGUCUGCCUUGGUCACAUUUUUUCUCCUCCCACAUGCACUGUAGAGAUCACUUCACUCUGAGGGAGCAAAGACUAUUCAGCACUGUGUGACUCUCCAUUAGCAUUGGGAUCACCAGAUUAGUUCAUGAAUCUUGAAAAUGGCAAGUGUUUCAUACUUUUAUUCAGGAAGUCGAGACUACGAUUGUGAAAGCAACCGUCACAAACCCAGAGAGCGGAGAUCAAAUUCACAUGGUGAUCGACAUCACCCAGGAAACACCAGAGAAACCACCCAGGACUUUCUGGCAAGAGCACCUGAGUUCAUCUGUUGGCGGUAAGGAAGAUAAAGCCUACUUUACUCAAUCCCCGUGGCUCAAUUAUCUGUCCCUCAGAACAAACGUCAGUGUGGACUUCCAAUGAUGAAACCGCUGAUGACCCUGAAACCACCGUGGAGCUCGACACCAUAGCAGAGAUGGAAAUGACCACCACCACAGUGCCCAGACUCACAGGUCUUCACUCCCACUUUGAGACACUACUUCCUGUCUAA